AUGUCUCUCGCAACCCUAGACGUGAGAAGUGCCCCUGACCAACCCGCAACCCCGCUAACCUCACUCCAGACCAUAGAGCACCCUAAUCUCCCCGCUGCAUCCACGACACUCUUCAAAGCCAAGGCUGCUCGCAACGUGACCUUUCAGGAAAUUGGCGAGGCUAUCGGUCGCAAUGAAGUAGCCGCAGCUGCCAUAUUCUACGGCCAGGCCAAGGCGUCCCCCGAAGACAUCAAAAAGCUGGCAGAUCUGCUUUUCAUCCCUGAGCAGCCUUUGUCGGAACAACUCAGCGGAUUCCCCGAUCGCGGUCGCUCCGUCGAAAUGCCGCCCAAGGAGCCACUCAUUUACCGACUGUAUGAGAUCGUGCAGAACUAUGGCUAUGCGUACAAGGCGGUUCUCAAUGAGAAAUUUGGAGAUGGGAUUAUGAGUGCUAUCUCAUUUUCGACAAAGGUUGAGAAGGAGACUGAUGAGGAUGGGAAUAACUGGGCGGUUAUCACUUUGCGUGGUAAAUGGUUGCCCUUCUCUCGAUUCUAG